UAUUACAUAAUAAAUUGUGUUGCGAAAAUAAUCAUACCAAACCGCUGAGAUAUGAUAUCGACAAUUUACUGUAAGGGUUCCAGUCAAAUAACCCCCAAAGAUAACCUCGGGUUAGGCACAUAUCCUCGUACCCAUCCAGAAGAGUGACUAACUAACAGGGGCGUGUUCUGCCGUCACGAAUUGCAUCGAUUCCUAGGUUUCUGCUCGCUGGAAUUGUGGCGGCCUUGCCUCUCCCUUGUAUGGCUGGCCGGCACUAGCAGGUGAGCAGUACAGUGCAAAUGUUUGCUCGCGUAUCCAGCAAGCUUCACGUCCAUGGCCGCGGCAGUCCUUUCUUCUUCAAAUCCCUCCUAGAUUACUGCUCCACCCCAGCCGCACUAGUCGCCGCCCCUCAAACAAAGAAAAUUACGCCUACCACUGGUAGCUUCUUGGAAGAAUGCUUGAUAAACUCACUUGGGUUCUCAAAACAAGAAGCCAUCUCCGCUUUAAGUAAGUUAAUCCGCUUGAAUGCCAUCAAGAAAGAUCCCAAUUUAGUCAUCAAUUUCUUGUUUAAUUUGGGUUUAACAAAAACCGACAUCAAAAAAGUUAUUUCCAAGAGCCCCCAGUUACUACUCUCCAGCGUCGAGAAAACCCUUAAACCAAAAAUCAGCUAUCUCCAAACACUCGGCCUGUCAGGGUACGAGCUCGUCAAAUUGGUAGUGAGGUAUCACCGAAUUUUCUUCAGAGGGUUAGAUAAUCAUCUUGUUCCCCGGAUUGAGUGCCUGAGAAAAUUGUUGGGAGAUGAUGAGAAAGUAGUUUUAGCUUUGAGGAAGAUUGUUUUCGUGCCUAGUAAUAAUGCGGUAGAGAGAAUGGAACAAAAUGUUGCAGUGUUGCAGAAUAAUGGAUUUUCUAAUGAUUUCAUUGCCAAAUUUGUUCUCAAAAGUCCCACCCUUUUCAUUGCAAAGAGUGAAAAAUUGCAGGAGGUGUUGCACCGGCUUGAACAUGAUUGGGGGAUUCCUCGCGAUACUAACAUGUUUGCUCAGGGAAUUGAUGUGCUAUGUUCUGGUAGUAAAUCAAAAAUUGAUAUGAAGUUUGAGAUUUUAAGGAGUUAUGGUUGGUCCAAUUCAGAGAUAAUCAGAAUGGUUAGGAGUUUACCUCGUGUUCUGGAUACGUCCCAUUCUAAGAUGAGAAAAAUCCUAGAUUAUUUCAUGAAGGAGGUUGGAUUUAGUGCUGAUUACUUGGCUUCCCGACGUUCGGUUUUCACCUUUAGUUUGGAAGGCAGGGUGAAGCCCAGGCAUGAAGUUUUGAAAAUUCUGAAUGACAAGAAGUUGAGCAAAGCCGGUCUUGUUAACAUUUUGUCUUUGUCAGAAUUGCAGUUUCAGAACAGGUGUCUUCUCCCUUACAAGGAUAUUUUACCUGACAUGUAUGAGUCAUAUUUGAAGAAGCAUAUUUGUCAGAUUACCACCUGCUACUUAAAAUGGAUUUGGUGACUGGCAUAUAUCCUGUGAAGGUAACAUAUUGUCUUACAUCAGACAUUGCCACAUAGAAACAAGAUCCAUAGGACAGAGCGCGACUUUCUUUUGAAUUGGUGGAAUCCCUUGUCAAGUCAAUCAGGCCAUCUCUGUCUCAAAUAAGUCUCAUUUCCUCUUACCCAGGAUUGCUAUUUUUCCAUCCGGUGAAGAUCUUAAAACGCAAAGUUUAGGUCCUUCAAGACCUUGGCUUAUCUGGGUUGGACGUCAUCAAGGUUAUUACGUUGUAUAAAACAUUUUGGGUUGGGUUGAAGGAUUGGAUUAUCAUAUUAAACGCUGUAUUAAUUAUUGGAGAGAGUUCUUGGGUAGUGACGAAAAUGUGGCCAUGGCUUUAAAGAAUCAUGUGAGAUUGCUCGAUUAUUGUGUGCUGUGGAAAAUGGAUGAAAUUAGGAAUUAUGGGCUCUCAUAAGGAAAAUGUUUUCAAAUUUACAUUGAGGAACUCCUAUGAAGUUAUGUGACAUUGAGUAUUUUCAGAACAUAUUGGUUAGAGUGGAAAAUGAAUUUGGGAUUCCUCGCGAUUCCACUAUGUUUUACUAUAGAGUUGAAGUUUUAUCUAGACUUUGAUAGUCAACAAUUGAAAUGAGAUUUGGUUUAUUAAGGGGUUUUGGUUGGACAGAUGCAAAUGCACAUACAAUGUUUAGGGACCUUCCUUAUACUUUAGGUAUAUCAUAAGAUAGGAUAAGAAAGACUUUGAACUUUUUCAUGCAUGAAGUUGGAUAUACCGCUGACUAUUUGGAUUCUGAUCCAGUGCGGUUCUGUUUGGAUAAGGACAAAUGGGUAAAGCCUAGGUACAAAAUUCUCAAAUUUCUGAAUGAGAAGAAGUUGAACAAGAGGGCAGCAAGCUUUUAUACUGCCCUGUGCUUAUCGGGGUAAAAGUUUCUCAAGGUUUAUCUUCUGCCCUACAAUGAUAAUAUUCCUGAUCGUUAGAAAUUAUGUGUGCAAAUUACUGGAAAGAAGAAGACAAGGAAAACUUUGACCUUCUUCGAGGUAACACACUUUCUUUCAUUGGUGGUUCAUGUGAUAUUAAUCUUGGCUCUUUUUUAUGUUUGCUUAUUUUUCUGGUGGCUAUUAUUGAGUGGUUAGUUUUAAUUCUGAAUUCACUGCAGCAUUAUCACGUGAAUGAUGGAUAACAGGAAUAGGUUGCUUUUCCAUGUUACAUGCUUUGGUGCUUAGCUCCAAGGAACUGUCUUGAUACCUCAUCAUCUGAAAGUGUGAUUAUACUCUUAGCUGGUGAAAAUCCAAAGUUUCUGCAGUCUUUCUAAGAUUUUAUGAGUCAAUACUUAUACCAAUAUUACUCUUGGUUGUUUAUGCAUAGUGUUCUGAUCGGUAAAUGUUCAGUAAUGGAAAUAACAGGCACCAAGAUUUCUGUGUAGUGCUUUACACUGUGGCUAUUAUUGACAUCAGGGAGAUAAUGCCACAGGUCAUUGGAUUUUGUGGGAUGUUUCAUAUGAUUCAUUAAUGAUUAACUAGAAAGAAGAUGCGCAGGAAAGAAUGACUUUCUUUUGCCUUAUUAGGAGUUGCGAUUUAAAUUUUUUUUUGUUGAUUGCUAACUGAUUUUUACUGCUUUUGCAAAUUAGAGGAGUUUCUAUGCUGGAAACCAACAUGUUGUUUCUGUUUUAAGCAAGUUUGAAGUACUAUUGAAACACCUCCCUCUAGGUGCCCACUGUUGGCGGCAAGUUUUGCUGGCAAAUGAUGUCAAACCUCUAGGUCUGACCAGAAAUUUUGAAUCCUCCAAAUGCCAAAAGGUCGCUCUGGUCUGUGUACCAGACUUUCCUGUGAGGAGAAUUCCAGAAAAUUCAUUCUAAUUUGUCUUUUUCUUGCACAUCAGAACAAGCCUGUCUGAUUGUAGAUCAUUAGGAUUAUUAUUUUAUAGUUCUGUAGUGCAUUUGCUGGUUCUUAACUUGUGUUUGAUUGCCCAGGAAUUGAUUUAGCAGUUGGCUAUGGGCUAUAGAAGUGCAGAUGAUCGAUUCAUCAUGCACUUUAAAGAAGUUGCAUACUCAGAACCGUGUUUCCAGUGUGGACAGAACCCUGAGACCUAGAGUCAAAGUUUCUCCUGGACCAUGGCAUAUCUGGGGCAAGCCUAGUUAACGUGGUUGUACCUUAUAAAAGCUUCAUGUCUACAGUUGACAUGAAAUUCGCUAUAUUUAGAAAUUUUGGCUGGACAGACGUGGUUAUAGUACUGAAAAUGGUUGAGGGUUCAUCCGAGUAUUCAAAUGCAUGGUUAAUUCUUCAUCAACAUUCAACAGCCCCUAAUUCUAGAGAUGAAAAUUAUUUUUGCUUUCUGAAGUGAUAGAUUGAUUAAAGCAGUCAUCUGGAUCUUGCUUUCUAGAAUCGUCUACCUUUCACAUCCAAGCAUCCCAAAAACAUGAAAAAACAGGAUACAGAAAGAACAUAGCAAAUAUAUAGCAUCACCAGUAUAGUAGUAAACUAUGUCCUAAUGAAAUGAUGCUAUGAUUUUAUUUGCAGGUACUCAAAAGAUAUCCCAAAAAAAAAAAGUUUUCAAUAAAAAAAAGAUACCCAAAAGAAAAAAAUUAAGCAACUUUGAAAAAGGUUUCAGAACAAGUAUCUUCUCCCAUACUAGGAUAUUUUGCCAGACGUAUGAAUCGAAUCAUAUUUGUAAAGGGUUGGAGCACAAAAGAUUAAGCCACUUUGAUGUGCUCAAGGUCUGCACAUUCUAUUCAUUCUUUUGGUAUGCCUUGUAAUGUGUCAAGUUGAACUUAAUUUUUUCUGCUGCUAUUGAGUGACUGCAGACUAUCGGCUUUUGAAUGGUUGGACCCUCUGUAUAAAAGUAUGCAUUCUGCAAACUGUGUAAGAUAAUGCAUGUAUCAUUGGUAACAAUCUUGUUGCCCUGACUCCUAGAUAUAAUUGGUAUCUGAUAUAACUAUACUUCCAUUGAUCUAAUUUUCUUAAAUCAUAAUAAACUUUAUAAAGACCACAAAUAAAAGGCUGAUAAAAUGUAGCUUGGGUUUACCUUGGGGCUUGGGUUUACAUGCUUGACUUAUGUAGCUUGGCCCCUGGGACAUCUCGAAGAAUGUUCUGUCUCGAACAUGUUUACUGCAAUUGUGAUUUUUCAAUUUUAGCACUUGGAAAGAGAUACUACUAGUGUAAUUGCUGCCUUGAGGGACAUGUUGAACAAGGAGGGAGAAAAUGAAGGAUUGCAGCUAUCAAGCAUCUUUGCACUUGGCUUUUUGAAAAGUAUGAGAAAUCACCAAUUGCUGCCAAGUACUCACACUUGUUCCGGUCAAUCCUAGGAAAGAAAAGUGGCUUCAGAGAAAGGGGAUUUGUAUUUGUUUAACUGGUUUCUAGCACAGAGAGACGAAAUGCCAUCUAGCAAUCGAUACUUUUCUGAUGUAAAAUCAAUUUUGGAGAAGAGGAUUUCGAAUCUAGAAAUUGUGAAUAUGUUGUAGAUGUCUAAUUAUCUACUAAUUCCGGGACAUCAUAUUUGCAAA